AUGUGUGUUGUUGAUGAUUGUAUUGAUGCUGCUGCUCGUGAUACUCCUGCUGCUCUGGAUACUGUUGCUGAUUUAUAUAUUGCUGCUGCUGUAGGUGUUGCGGCUGUUGCUGCUGUUGUUGCUGUUGUUGUAUUCGUUCAAUGUUUCGAUCAACUAAUUGAUGACUUUCAAGAAAAAAAACCUUUUAUUGGAAGUGUAUCACAAGUACUACCUAAUUAUAAUCUAAUAAUAAUUGAAGCCCGAAAUCACGAGAGUUAA